AUGUCAUAUGCCACUCAUGACCUAAUCACCAAGAUCCAUUUCUUCUCCUCGAGCAAGAACAGGCGGCAAGGCUCUGUUGCCAAUUUAGAAGUUCAGCAGCAGCUUGCAAUGGAUACAACCGCCGCGGCCCCCGAUCUAUCGCUCCAUAUCAGUCCUCCAUCGCCGCCCGACGAUGCUAGGAACAGUGGCGGCGGCCAAGCAAACCACGAAACGGGCAUGUUCUUCUCCAAGCAGACGCUGUGUCUCGGACUUGUUGAGAAGACGGUAGCUGUGGCGCAGCAGGAUGGCCAGUGUGAUGACAUCCAGCAGGAGCAGCAGAGGCUGCACCAACCAAGCCAGAUCCAGAGGUUGAAGAAAAGCUCAUCGGCGGCGUUAUCCGGAGGCACCACGAGAUCUGGGAAUGGUGGCAGCGGUGGUGGAAAGAGGAGCUCCAGAGCACCAAGAAUGAGGUGGACCACGGCUCUUCAUGCACACUUCGUGCAUGCUGUAGAGCUCCUUGGCGGCCAUGAGAGAGCAACGCCAAAGUCAGUGCUGGAGCUGAUGAACGUUAAGGAUCUCACAUUGGCUCAUGUUAAGAGCCACUUGCAGAUGUAUCGAACAGUGAAGGGAACGACGGCAGACAGAUCAUGUGCUGCAGGCCAUGUGCAGAUGAUGAGAGAUAUGUGCUUUCUGCAGAGGGGUUGUGAAAUGAAUGGCUUCGAAGCGUUUAGCAACAGUACUUCCAAUGCUACCGCCAAUAGUAGAAUGCAAGCAGCUGCAGGGUCGCCAGCAGGGAAGCAGGAGGUGGCCUGGUUCUUGCGGCCACCACCCUUCGCACACCAAAGUGGGGCGGUGCCGCUGCCGCUGCCCUGUCCCUACCUCAUGUCUGCCCACCACAACCGCUACUUGCUCACGCAAAAUCAGGGAUGGAGGGCCAGAGGCGCGCAGCAAGACGCUGCCUCGCACGUCCUAGGUCGGGACAUUGCUGCGCGGCGUCUGCAUGCAGGCUUUGCUGACACGGCCAUCAGGCAGCAGAGACUAUCAUCGUGGAGCGCAGGUGUUGCAAGCCGCUGGCCGUCGUCGACGGCAGCGGCGGUGCCUUCGCCAUCGAGCGGCAGGAGUAGCAUCAGCAGCAGCACGGAACAAGCAGCAUGCAGCUGGACGAUGACGAACAAGCAUCAGCAUCAGGUGCCAUCAAAGAUCGCGGUACCGAACCUGGAGAUAAGCCUGGGGAGGCAGGGAUGGCAACACAACCUGCAGGAUCACCGUCAGCAGCAGCAGCAGCAGCAGCAGCAGCGCAGCGGGGAGUCCACAGCGCCAAAAGAGCUGACCCUCCUCAAGUGCUUGUGA